GCGAGUCCAUCCCAUUAAUGAUUACUUGCAGUUGGGUCCUAAUGGAUGUUAAUAACAGCGUUGGAAAGUGCGGCGUGGAGUCGUGGUGAAGAUAUGAAGCAGUUGGUAACUUUGCGGCUCCUGGUGUAACGUGGCGGUUCGGCCCGGUUUAUGCGGUUGUGUGAGGGUCCCAGCUGGCUGGGGUUGUCCCGCCGGGGUUGUUCCCAGCGUCCUGAGCGGAGCGGUUGUUCAGCUUGGAGCCGCCGAACAAAGAGCUUUUCUUCCUUGGACCAUUGUUACCGGUCAGGGCGCCUGGAACUGAUUCCGAACUGGUUUCGGACGGUUAAAGUUUGGGGCAGCCUGUGCUCCAGUCAUGACCUCUGGGAAUGUGAGCACUAACAGCAGCCAACACAAUGGAGAGAGCAAAGCAGCCCAGCAGGCCAUAGACAAGUCCCGCAUCCUGACACACCUGAUUGAAGGCUUCGUUAUCCAAGAAGGUGCCGAGCCUUUCCCUGUGGAGCGUCCAUCUUUCUCGAUAGAGAGCCUCAGGAGACGUGCAGCAGAUUCAAAGAUGGAUGGCCUAUCUUCAAAGGAUUUAAAGGCCCAGCAGGAACCCAUGUUGACCUGCGAGCUGUGUGGUAAGGUGGAUUUUGCCUACAUCUUCAAAAGGUCCAAGAGGUUCUGUUCCACAGUGUGUGCUAAACGCUACAAUGUGGGAUGCACAAAGAGGAUGGGCCUCUUCCCAAACCGUAAAACCAGUCUGCAGAACCUGAAGAAACGAACGUUGAAUGGGAGCUACAAAAACACCAGUUUGGAGUCUAAGAACAAGAGUGCUCCUGUUGGUCACACUGUCCAACCUGCACAGGAAGAGUCCAGACAGUGUUCGGACCUGUCUGGCUAUAAAAGAGUCCUGUCGCCCCUGUUGGCUACCCCACAGGUUCCUGCUGUGCAAGCCUCCAAUCCCCCCCUACUACCCCACAGCUUUCUGCCCUCCGAUCCAGGACAGUGGAACAUCCAGGAAGUUUAUGAAUUCAUCUCCUCCCUGCCAGGUUGUUUGGAGAUUGCAGAGGAAUUCCGCUCUCAGGAGAUCGAUGGACAGGCUCUGCUUCUGCUGAAAGAGGAUCAUCUCAUGGGAACCAUGAACAUUAAACUGGGCCCAGCCCUAAAAAUCGUUGCUCAGAUUAGCAUGCUCAAAGACUCAUAGCUCCUUUAACACUCGGACCUCAACCAUAGACAGCUCUGCUGUUACCAGACACAUCAGGCUGGCUCAGGAUCUUCGGAUUUUCGUCAUGACCUUCUCAGUAUUUCCUCAUCCCACCUUUUACACUUUUACACAACUUCAGGAACAAAAGGUAUUCCACUGUUGGAGAUGAAUGUUGUCUUGUGUAUACUGUUCUUAAGAAUGCAGGUAGUUUUUGUAGAGUUUUACCAGACUGUAGGUUUUCUUCCUCCUUCAGGUCAGCAGCAGGACCAAUGUUUUCACCAAACAAACCUGUUUAAUUAGAUAAGAACCUUUCUCUGAGGAUUGUGUACAAAGGUACAAGCAUUAUUGAUGGCCUAUCACACAACAGCUAUUUUCAUGUUAAAACAGAAAUUAUAUUGUAUAUACCAAUAUAAAUCAGCAUGUUGUAGUUGUACUGCCCAUCCAUUUUCUGCCUGGUGCCGAUCUCCAGUGGUCUAUGAGAGAGAGCGCUGCAGUAUACCCUAGACAUGUUGCCCUCUGUCACAGGGAGACAGGGACAAACAAUACGAUGGCACACACUCAUACCUAAGGUCAGUUUAGAGAAGCAAAUACAUCUAACCUUUUACUGUGGGAGAAAGCCAAAGUACUGCCAUAGACUGGCGCUCUGUCCAGGGUGUACCCCGCCUCUCGCCCAUUGACAGCUGGAGAUGGGCACCAGCACCCCUCGCAAACCCAAUAAGCGUGUUAGAAAAUGGAUGGAUGGAUGCAAGGAAGCUAAAAUACUUGGAGAGAACCCACACAUGCACAUUGAAACAUAAACUCCUUGUAAGACGGGCCCUGGCUAGAACUCAAACCCAGAAUCAUCUUGCUGCAAGGCAACAGGGCUAACAACUGAGCCACCAGGCAGGAGUUUGACCAUUUAAUGGGAUGUUUAAUAACACCCAGUCAGUUGUGCUAAUACCCACUAAAUGUGGAUUUUGUCCUGAGCUAAAAAUCUUUUCAGUUUAGUAAAUUGCUCAGCAAUUUUCCUGAUCGACUUUCCAAACAUUUACUGCAGCCUGCCCUGCUGUCAGAAGAGCAACAAGUUGUAACAGGGCUAGAAGUGUUUGGACGUCAUUGAUUUUUCCAGGAACAGCAACAUUUAAAAAAGUAACUAAUGUGGUUCCUGUUGUAAAGACAUAACCCCAGCAGCUGUUUAGAGGAUCUUUGCUCUGUAUUGGUGUGUCCUAUGAAAAUGUCUCUUUCUGUUCCAUAAUUACCCCCCUUAAACAAUGGCACUGGAUGUAGAAAAGAAAAGAGCAGAAGUCUUUCUGACAGUGACCCUUGAGGUGCAAUGUUAAGGUUAUUUAUUCUCUGCCUGAUUUUGCAUGCAAAUGAAGGUCUGUCUUAUGUUGCAAUCAUAAAAACUGAAGAUACACUGAUCCACACCCACAUCACAGAAUGGUGCUGAUAACGCUGUGACUGACACCAUGGACACAAACUGUGAUUUACGUUAUUUGUCUGUGCAAAUUCUCAGUUAUCUGAGUCAUGGCAACAGCUAACAGGCUUUAACCAGAGGCAACCGGACUUUUGCUCAGUUUUUCUGAAAAUGUUUUGACACCUAUCUCCAGGAGGCUUUGUCAGUUCCAGCGGCUCUCACUUGAGCUCGCCUUCGAUUUAAGCCUGUUUGUUGUUAUUGUAUGAUUCCACUUCAUAAUGACAGGUCUACAAAAAUACUUCUGUAAUAUAAAACUGGAAGACUUAAUGUGAAAAUCUUGAAGGUUUUUAAACAUUUGUUCAAGAUUCUGUUUUGGGUUCUUAUGUUUUGCAGCUCUCCUGUCUUCUUUUCUGGUGAUUGCUGUAAAUGUUCUGCUCACCUGCACUGGUUCAGCUCUGAAUCAAACCCACUGAUCAAACCAACAGGAUUUUUUUCAGGUGAUCGCCUUAAAGUCUAUGCACACAAACGUGACUGCAAUAAGUGCCUGUGGGAGCAUAUUGACGAGGCUGCUUAAUCAUAGCUGGGAGUGAGAAAAGACAAAAAGAGAGGUUGUUUGUUCUUUAAUUAAACCUUUACCAAAGUCAUGUGGGAUUCAAGCUAGCACUGCUCUGCUGCCUGGUAGAUGCAGUUGUUGAUGUUCUCCUUUAGAAUAACUACAUUUCAGUCCUUUGACCUGUUCUUUUGUCUUACACAGAAAACACACUUUAAUAAAGUCAUUAGAUUUGUUCUCUGAAA